GCUAAUCAGCAGCAGCAGCACAAACCAUCCAGGGGGGAUAAGCACCGAUCUGGCGAUUUCCAACCCCGAAUCCCCCCUAGCCGGACCUGCCCCAGCCUAUGCAUGUUGCAUGGUACCAGCUGGUACAGCCUGCUCCCUUGGGAUCUGAGGAGGAUCCCGUCUGCAUGCGGAUGUGAGCUCCCUGCAAGCCAAGACAAGGGGGCGGCUCACACUGAAGCAACAUUAAAGCUCAGAUUGUACCCAACAUUUGCAUGGAUUAUCUAACACGGUAGGUAGAAGGAACCGCAAAAACAACAAGACAGCCACCCACCCUCCCUGGCCGCCCCCAGGAUUACAUGUGGAUAUUCAUUGCAUUUGAGGACAUCCCCUUGUUUUCCGUUAGAAAUCCCAUCUGUACAUGCAUGCAGUGGGUGUCGCAGGCUGAAUACAGGUAAAAUACCAGAUCUGUACUAAUCCUGGUGCAAUCAGAGGGUGGGCAGAUAAGGUGGAGGCACAGCUGGUACCAACAUGGUUAUUUUCAAUGGCUUGCUGAAAAUCAGGAUAGGUGAGGCUGAGAACCUGAAGCCCACAGCCUGGUCACUGAGGCAUGCAGUGGGUUCCAGACCUCAAACCUUCCUGCUGGACCCUUACAUAGCUGUGAAUGUAGAUGACUCCAGGAUUGGCCAGACUUCCACCAAGCAGAAGACCAACAGCCCUGCGUGGAAUGAUGACUUCUCCACGGAUGUCUGCAAUGGCAGCAAGAUAGAGCUGGCUGUUUUCCACGAUGCCCCAAUAGGGUAUGAUGAUUUUGUGGCUAACUGCACCAUCCAGUUUGAGGAUCUGCUGCAGAAUGGGAGCAGGCACUUCGAGGACUGGAUUGACUUAGAACCAGAAGGAAGAGUAUACGUAGUGAUAGAUCUCUCCGGGUCUUCAGGUGAAGCACCUAAGGAAAAUGAAGAACGGGUAUUCAGGGAGCGAAUGCGGCCCAGGAAGAGGCAGGGAGCUGUACGGAGGAGGGUUCAUCAAGUUAACGGGCAUAAAUUUAUGGCAACGUACCUUAGACAACCAACCUACUGUUCUCACUGCAGAGAUUUUAUAUGGGGUGUUAUAGGAAAACAGGGAUAUCAGUGUCAAGUUUGCACUUGCGUAGUUCACAAGAGAUGCCAUGAACUAAUAAUAACAAAGUGUGCUGGUUUAAAGAAACAGGAAGCCCAUGAUGAGGUGGGUUCCCAGCGUUUCAGUGUUAAUAUGCCUCACAAGUUCAGCAUCCAUAACUACAAAGUACCCACAUUUUGUGACCACUGUGGUUCUUUACUCUGGGGCCUCAUGAGGCAAGGUUUACAAUGCAAAGUAUGUAAAAUGAAUGUUCAUCGACGCUGUGAAUCGAAUGUAGCACCAAACUGUGGAGUGGAUUCCAGAGGAAUAGCAAAAGUAUUAGCAGACCUUGGGGUCACUCCAGAUAAAAUUACGAACAGUGGACAACGGAGGAAAAAGUUAAUUCCUGGAACUGAGAUUCAACCACCAGUCCCCGGGGGUCCGUCAGUUGAAGACGACAGGUCAAAAUCAGCACCAACAUCUCCAUGCGAUCAGGAAAUUAAAGAACUUGAAAACAACAUAAGGAAAGCGUUGUCGUUCGAUAAUCGAGGGUGAGGAACACAAAGCAGCGCCACAGCAUCAAUAGACUGUCAAAUGAUAAGUUUAGGAGAAAAUGGAGAGAACGGGGAAAUUAAACUGCUUCAAUCAAAGCGAAUAGGGCUGGAAGAUUUCAACUUCAUUAAAGUAUUAGGAAAAGGCAGUUUUGGAAAGGUCAUGCUAGCGGAAUAUAAAGGUAAAGAUGAGGUAUACGCUGUGAAGGUCCUUAAGAAGGAUGUUAUUUUACAAGAUGAUGAUGUUGAUUGCACUAUGACAGAAAAAAGGAUUUUAGCCCUAGCAAGAAAGCAUCCCUACCUAACGCAACUCUACUGCCUGCUUCCAGACCAAGGCUGCCUUAUUCAAGAUUAUGAGGAAGCUGUGCUAGUGGUGAACCUCUUCACACUGCAAAGUGCAGAAGAUCGCCUCUUUUUCGUCAUGGAAUACGUAAAUGGAGGGGACUUAAUGUUUCAAAUACAACGUUCCCGAAAAUUUGAUGAACCUCGAUCCAGAUUUUAUGCUGCAGAAGUGACCUCAGCUCUUAUGUUUCUACAUCAGCACGGUGUUAUAUACAGGGACCUAAAACUGGACAAUAUUCUUUUGGAUGCUGAAGGUCACUGCAAGCUAGCUGACUUUGGAAUGUGUAAGGAAGGAAUACUUAAUGGCGUAACUACAACAACUUUCUGUGGUACACCAGAUUACAUUGCUCCUGAGAUUCUCCAGGAGUUAGAAUAUGGGCCUUCUGUUGAUUGGUGGGCUCUUGGCGUUCUGAUGUAUGAAAUGAUGGCUGGGCAACCACCAUUCGAAGCCGAUAAUGAAGAUGACCUCUUUGAAUCCAUUCUCCAUGAUGAUGUCCUCUACCCAGUUUGGCUAAGUAAAGAGGCUGUCAGCAUUUUGAAAGCAUUCAUGACAAAGAAUCCAAACAAGAGAUUAGGAUGUGUGGCAUCGCAGGGUCUAGAAGACGCCAUUAAACAACAUCCAUUUUUCAAAGAAAUUGAUUGGGUGCAUCUAGAGCAAAGGAAAAUCAAGCCCCCUUUCAAACCUCGUAUUAAAACUAAACGUGAUGUAAACAACUUUGACCAGGAUUUCACAAGAGAAGAGCCCGUACUAACACUCGUGGAUGAAGCCAUAAUAAAACAAAUCAAUCAGGAUGAAUUUAAAGGGUUCUCCUACUUUGGAGAGGAACCACUCCCAUAAACCAAUGGGGUAGUGGCAGAUCCUCUUGUCAUAAGGAGACAAAAUGUGACGAACAUUAUGAGAUUUCUGCGUUGGUGUUCUGCUAUGAGCCUGCAACUCGUGUAAAGAUUCUAUUUAUUAUUGUGUUCUUUCAUUUCUUGAACUGAAGGCACUCCUAAUUUUCUUAAAAAAAAGCAAUGCAAAACCACAUUUUGUUUCAGAAACUGUUGCUGUAACACACUGCUGUGUCUCUGACCACGUAAUACUAGACAAUCUUAGAUAUUUCUUUUUUUUUUUAUUCAUUUUACAGUAAUUUUAGUACAGGAAGAAUGCAGGGCUAAUGAAAGAUUAAAAAAGCCCUUUUUUCACUUUGAACCACAGAUUUUGUGCAGAUAAUACAGUGUUGAUGUAUCUGCUAAUGUAUACACAAUCUGAGAGCCUGCACAAAACUGGGAGUUGAUUGAGAUUAAUGGAAACAAAUUCUCCCCACAGAUAGUAAGAAUGUGAAAUCAUACAGUCAGGCACUCAUACUGCAAUAUAAGAAAAAAACAAACAAACAAACAAAAGCAUUAGUCCAUUGGAGUCAUUCCCAAGUGGAAUCACUCCCACAUUGCCGGAGAGACCCAGAAAUGAUCUACGAGUUUCAUCUGGAGCAUAUGGAUUAAGAACAAAGCCAUCCAUUUUAGGCAGCUUCUCAAGGGCUAAAGUAUUUUAGCUGUAGAUGCUACAAAGGUUUAAAGUGGUGUUAUUUAUUUUUUUAAAGUAUACUAUAAUUCUGAAUUUUAAUUGGAAAAAUUUCCAAUGUUUUAUGGUUUUUAGUUACAUUCCUAAAUCCCUACAGUGCAGGGGUGAGCCAGUCUGUAAUGUAUUGCAGUUCUAUUGCAGACCCUCGAGCACUUAACUUCUGUACUGUGAGACGGGACUGCAAUACAAUGCAUUGCAGUUGGCUAUAACAGUGAAUUGGUGUACCGUUUAACUGGCAGAGGGGUAAGCAAUGAGGCCUGUUUUGGAGCAAAAGGGUGAAAGAUGUAGAGUUAUUUUUUUCAAUGUGCUGUAAAAGCUGAAGAUCAGUUAGUUUGAUCUGAAAAUUUACAUUGACAUCAAUGUCAUUUUUUAACAGAUUGCUCCAGAUCUACUUGUUUCACCCUAUAAAGCAACUCUAAUCCGUUCAACAGCUCCACUGCAGUGUGUUGCUUUCGUGCACCUUUACUAGAACGUAGCACUACUGUGUUUGUUAGUAUUUUAAUUUUUGUUUUUAACUUUGUCUGAUAUGACACGAUAUGCAGAAGGAAAAAAAAAAAAACAUAACAGUGGAUGAUCAAAUAUUAAGAAACUGACAUUUUUAAGAAGUGUACAUGGAUUCUCUUGAUUGAGAAUGGUUUUAAAAAUGGUAACUCCUACACACAGUACCGCUAAUGUGAAGUUACCUCUUGUAUAUAUGCUAACAGUGUUACGUAAUUUAAUUUGCAGGAGUACCCUGUUUUUUUGUGUACAUGUAUUGCAUUUUAUGAUGCAUUUUAAUGGACUGAAUAUUGAGCAGUUUCUGGCAUCCAUCUUAACUGACACACAUGGAGGUCGCUGCUUCUUGAAAAUAAAUACUUGUGAGUGGCAAAGUGGCACGAAAGAAGCUUUUUUUGCCUUUUGUACAGGUGAGAUUUUGUAUAUAGUGUUCGUUGCAAGGCCUGUGGAGUGCAUUGAUUAUAGAGGUAUCAACGGCUGCAUGUUCAGGCAUAUUAUAAAAUGUUAGUCCAUGGAAAAGAUUAUAAUAAUGUCAAUGUGCAAUACUCUGUAUGUGUAUUGGUUCAAGUUUCUGUGAGAGAUUAUUAUUUUUUUUUGUUUAUUUUAAAAGAUGUAAACAUAUAUUAUGCUACUAGAUCUCUUGUAUAGUUCUUCUGACGUCAUACCGGAACGAAUUAAGAGAAAAAUAACAGAAACAUACGAGAUGGAGGCAACAGUGCUAGCGCAAUAUACACAUUUAUUUUUAUCUUAUUUUUUUAUCUCUUCAGUGUAAAUUAUUUCUUGUUUUUACACCCACAACUACCUAUUUUCAUGUUUUUUUAUUUUUAUUUUGUGAACCAAAACUGACAACGAUCUUCUCUAUUCUGUGUUGGCCCUUGUGACUAAUGUGCUCUGGCCUCCAUUGCAGUCUACCAAAGGACAAAAACUGCAAUGGAACCUGAGGUCUGAGGAAAUAAACACAAAUAAAGGCAUUUUACAAUAGGAAGCUAAUUAUUGCACAUAAAUGGUACAAGCUAUACAGGUGUACUAGCCAUGACACUCACUUACUAGCACUGCUGCUGAUUGGUUGAAACAUAGGCAUCUUGAGACCAUUUGUCAGCUCAACAACAUAAGCUGUGUUGUGUCAGUUGUAUGUAUGGCUGCUCCCAGUCCGUGCAACAGAUUAAGGACAUACAAUUCCAUUUUUUUUAUGAACUCAGGUGUAAUUAUAUAUUCUUGCAAUGACUUUAAAUAUUAAAUAUGCUAAGUAUAUCAACUCAUUUUCUUAUUUGAUGGAGAUGGUUUUUAUUUGAUCAAAACAUAGUUUAUUGUUAUUAUUUAUCUACAGUAACUGUAUGUACUUUUGGGUGGGGAGGGGCAAAAGAAAAGACUAAUUUCUGGAAAUACAAGCUCAGAUCCAUCUUUAUAACUAGUAUCAUCUCAUUGGUGAGGACAAAAA